UUUUUGGUGUCUCAUGCGGUUAAGGAGAGUUUUGUCAGGAGAGAAAGACAUUACAUGUUGCUGCUGCUGCUGCAUGGAUCACAAGCAUUAGGUCCUUCGUGCAAUUGUUUGCAGGGGAUUUGAAGGACUUAACUGGGAGUAACAAGUGCAUACAGAAGAUAUUGUUGGUGUACUUAUGGCCUACAACAUGGGCACUAUGUAGGAAGUAAAGUGAAAUCUAAAAGACCAAGAUGAAAAUUAGUUCUGCUGCUUUCAUUGUUGAAGUGAUCUUUGGAGCACCUUGCUCUUGGCGUCGUCUGUUUUCCUGCACAUGAACUAGAACCAGAGUGUUCAACAACAGCCGGAAGCCGUUUACUGUGUUUAACCGAGAAUACUGAGGGAGAUCCAAAAGGCUUGGAUGCAUUUGUCAAUGGAUACCCUGGGGAUAGUGGACGAUAGUGGACAUGGAAUAGUGGACAACUAUGACAUGGGGAAAGGUGCCGGGUCGAGCGCUGGAGGUCGGGUCCACAGCAUCGAUGUCAUUCUGGGAUUCACUAAAGACCAGGAGACUUUGCUCCAUUCGGUGGGAGGCGGGGACAGUCCGAAAGAGUCGAGAGCAAACGCACAAGAUCCUGAAAAGCAGGUCCAAACACACCCAUACGGGCAUCUACCAGAACUGGGUGACCGCUCCCAACAUGCUGACUACCACGAGUCAGACCUUUUCUCCAACGAUAAGUGUGAUGAAGAAAUAGGCCACCUGCACAAGGAGGUGGACGUUGCUGAAGACUCUCCAGAUGGAAGUAAAGAGGAAGAGCACACUAAGAAGAAGCACAGAAGAAAUCGUACCACCUUCACUACUUACCAGCUUCAUGAGCUGGAGCGAGCCUUCGAAAAGUCCCACUACCCGGACGUCUACAGUCGGGAGGAAUUGGCAAUGAAGGUCAAUCUGCCUGAGGUUCGCGUUCAGGUGUGGUUCCAGAACCGGAGAGCAAAGUGGAGACGGCAAGAAAAGAUGGACACCAGCACCAUGAAGCUCCACGACUCUCCAAUGUUAUCCUUCAAUCGGCCCCCCAUGCCUCCCAACGUCGGCCCGGUGGCCAACCCGAUGCCACUCGACCCCUGGCUGAGCUCGCCUAUUUCCAGUGCCACGCCCAUGCACACCAUCCCAGGGUUCAUGGGGUCGCCUCAGGCCCUGCAGCCCACCUACUCCAGCCACAGCUUCCUCAACAGCCCACCUGGCAUGGUCCAAGGCAUGCAGCCCAUGGGCCCACCUCCAUAUCAGUGUCCACCAAGCUUCAACGAUAAGUACCCGAUAGAGGACGACAGGAGCUCCAGCAUCGCCGCGCUCAGGAUGAAGGCGAAAGAGCACAUUCAGUCGAUGGAUAAAACCUGGCAGCACAUGUGAUUGUGCUGCCUAAUGUGAACGGAUCUCUCUCUUGUGAAUGUUUACAGACUGCUUUUUGAUUCAUAAACCAUUGGCGGUGAAGUGUGGAACCAAAGAUAUAAAGAACUAACACUUUAAAAAUGAACUUCUCAAUGUCUUCUUCGAAUAUGACCAAUUCUUAGUAGACUGGUAAAACGUUGGUUUUGCUCAUCCCAAUGUUUAGGUGUAGAGUCCCAAAUUAGAUCCUUUUUUUUUUGUCCUGGUGUAAACGUGCAUGUCUUUAUUUUAGACUGUAUUUGCAUCCAGAUAUAUGAACAGAAAGGCAGUUUGAAGCCAUUUUGUCAGAGGUAGCUAACUUUUUUAAUGGAUUUUAUUGAGAGAUCUGAACAAAUUUAUAUAUGUUUGAUGUCUUCACUAGAGGUGUUCUGAUUUUAUUUUGGUGUUUGCUCAAAACACAUGUUUAUAGGUCUUGCUUCAGCUGCCUGUGAAGAUUUUGCAAGAGACCCUGAAAUGAAAAUGUCUUCUUGAGGACUAACGGCCAAUAAAUUCUGCUUUUAAGGUUUCACACACCUGUAAAGUUCUCACUGUUUUUGAAUGAAAAUAUGUUUUGUUUCUCUAGACUUUACAAAGUUAAAAACCUGUUGUUUUUUUACAAAUUAUAUUGCAAAAAAAUGUUUGUAGCUUGCAGAUUUCUUUUGUUUUGGCACUUGUUUGCAUGUUUCAGAUCAUCAAACUUAUUUUAAUAUCAAAGACAACCAGAGUAAAUACACAAUUUGUUUCCAGGUAGCAGUUUUAUUUUUAAUCUUAAAAAGUAUUUCCUUCAUGGAGAAAUCAAUAUUUGUGCCACGCUUGUCAGCAAAUUGCUAACAAGAACUGGUUUUGGAGGAAUUUCUAACUACUCUUCUUUACGAAAUUUGUUUCAUUGAAGAUAUAUUGAAACAUUUUCGAGUACCAUGCCACAACAUCUCCAUUAGAUUCAAAUGUGGAUUUCCUAAAUGCCGCUCCAAAACCUCCAUUUCGUUCUUUUUGAGGCAACUUGCUUUGGGUCAUUAUGCUUCAUCUUGACAACAAUAAAACAUGAUUCAUUUUCUGCUAUCAUUAGAUGGAGUCAGUUUGAGCAGGGAACAUGUUGGGGGGGAAAUGAGUUUUUGGAUUCAGUUCUUGCAGGGAUGAGGAGCCAGUAGAGCGAAUGAAGGAAGGGUAUUAUGUUCUCAUAUAUGUUCAGAGGUCUUAAUAUCUUGCAGUUUUUGGAGAUUUCUAGUAGAAAUCCAAAAGAGGAAUGGCUAGAAAGUUGAGGGAUCAUAGAGCAACAAGCUGGUCUAGGUCUCCUAGAGCUGCCGCCAUGUUUGACUCAGUGUGUGGUAUUAUCAUUCUGUUAUGCUUUUAGUUUCAUGUCAGGUGUAACCAGAUGAAAAAAGUUCCACUGCACAGAACAUUUUCCCACAUAUGUUGGGGAUCAUCUGGAUCACAUGGGGCAAACUUGAGGCCCUGGGGCCAAAUCUGGCCCGCCGGAGGUUUUUAUGAGGCUCUCUAGAAUCCAAAUUACAAUUAAAAUUCACACAAAGUCAGCAGAUCCCCACAUUUUUUUCUAAUUGUUUAACUGCAAUUCUUUCUCAGAAUUGGCCCGAAAACAUUUGGUUUAAGUGAGUGCUGCUUCAGGUUUACGUGAUAUCAAUAAUCUUAUAUCAGCGCAAAUAUUGUAAAACUUCCUUUAAAAAUAUUUGUAAAUUAGCACCACAAAAUCUAUGAUUUUGAUUGAAAAAAAAAAAAAACACAAAAA